AUGGUUAUGUAUUAUUUCAAAUCCAACGGUCACAACAAACGCUCUCAUAAACAUUUUGAUAAAAAUAGUGAUUAAACAGUUUUAAAAGCCAAAAAAAAAAGGCGUAAUAAAAAAAAUUAAAAAACAACAAAAAGUGAUAGUAAAAACAACAAAAUCAGCUGAUUAAAAUGGAUUUUUCACCAGAAUCUGUUUAUUCUUUGCUAACUGAGCUCGGGUUCCCAGUUACCAUGGAAGAUCUUAAAAAUCCAACUGAACCAUUUAUGAUUAAAUUUCUGACGGAUUUUUGCCAACGAUUUCACAUUGAUGCCCAGACACUGACUCAACUGGCAUUUGAGCAAGUUGAGCUUCUAAAAGUCACCGGUGAUCAAAACGCAUCUCAUGUGAUAGCUCUAUUGAACCUAAGUGAAGUGAUCAGCAUCAUCGGUGAAAAAAUAUUUGUCAAAGACUUUUCUGUGACAGACAUCACAGCUCCUGGAGCUAAGCGCACCCGGAAAAUAAUAAAAUUCCUCGCUAACUUCGCUUUGUAUGCCGAGGGUGCGUCCAUCAAGAUGCAAGAAGAGACGGACAAGAUUUUUGCAAAGGCUCAGGAGAUUGAGAACACCAAGAAGAAGUCGGAUGAGAUGAAAGAACAAAUGAACAAAAAGGCCGCAGACAUGGCUGCAAUGAUGGCUCAGAUUGAGGCAAAUAACAAGAAAUCCGAAGAAAUUAAAGCCAGGAUGAAAAGAAGACAGGAAAAAAUAGAACUAACUCGAAAACACAACGAGGAUCUUCUGAAGACUUGCAGUAAGUUGAGGGAGGCUUAUUCUAACAAGUGCAAUGAGGUCAGCAAACUCGAGUCUAUUUCUCUGCAACUGAAGGCUAAAAUUGUUGAUGAUCCUAGCAAAGAACGACUCCGGUUGCAGGAGUUGAUGAAAGAGCAGGUGGAGAAAGAAGAAAAUAAAGCUGCUACUGAGGAAGCUAUUCAGCAAAAAGAAACCUGUUAUUUUGCAUUUUGAAAAAAUUGCUUAAUUUUAUUCAGCAAUCGCACAGUAAACUUCCGGAUACUUUUAAAUGGCAGAAACGUGUUAUGGAAGAAUCAAAGCGUUUUGAAGUUCUGGAUCGUCAGCUGCAAGAAUUAAAAGAGGCAGUGAGCAACGA